AUGUCGACCCGCAGCUAUCACGGGUGCUGGACCUGCAAGCGCCGCCGGCGCCGCUGCGAUAAUGCUCGCCCAACAUGCCGGAACUGUGCACAGCGUGGAGUGGACUGUGAGGGCUACGAGGUACGACUGCGCUGGGGCAGCGGCGUUGCCUCGCGUGGUCGAUUUACCGGCGCCGAUAAGCCCUUGGAAGAGAAUGUACCGCCGAGGCCAAAGGGAAGACAGAGAGAUUUGAGCAGAGAGAGGAAGAGGCUCGAGGCUCAAGCUCAGAUCCAGAGGGAUCAUGGGUGUCAUCAUAUGUUGACUCAAUUGAAGGAUGAUGUUGCUCCCAAGACAGACCGAUCGGAGCAAGAUGAGAUUCUUUUCAAUGAAUUUUUGAACAAUGGAAUCAACAGUUUACUUUCGAUCGCAGCACCAGAGAGCAUGCUACAGCCUAGGCUUCCUGAACUGUGUCAAGAGUCCAAUGCCUUGUAUAAUAUUUGUCUGACUUUCCAACUCUCUCUAUCUACCAUUCGCACACCUCAGCUCUUCGAAUACUUUGAUACUUCGCUGCGUGAAUUUCGAUACGAACUAGCUCGCUCCACAACGCUAUCCGAUGGGACACUGGCCGCGGGGCUUCUACUGUGUAGCAUUGGUUUGACGCAAGGACUGCCGUGGACAAUGCAUAUAGAAGGCAUGUAUAACAUCUUGCAAACCCGCAGCCCAGAGCCUUCUGCUGGCAUAGGAGCACCGACUCCAUUUCGCGCGCACCUCCUCGAGGUCAUGGGAGUCAUGGACAUACCAUGUCUCGCUAUAGGGCGCCAGACGUCUCCUAUUGGUAUUUGGCGCCGCUUCUGCCAGUCGGCAGGACCGAGGCACGGCAUCGAGCCAGUAACUGGUUUACCGCGCUCUCUAUUGGACCUACUAGCCGGGAUUGAUAUAGAUACAACAGAGCAGAGUUUCUGGGACUGGACCGGGGAAGCGGGGAACUUUUUGCAGUGCUACCUAUGGGAAGCAUAUCGGCUAGCGGGGAUUCUGACCAUCCACCAAAGAAAAAGAUCGUCGGGUAGCCCUCAGAGCCUUUCAACGUGGAGGCAGCCAAGCUCGUGUCCGGCAGAUUCGAGUAUGCUCGUAGCUCGCGUUCUGGCCAAUGUGGAUGCUCUUCGCUUGGUUUGCUUGGAGCGCCCGGACGAGGACACUUUCUUGAAGAACUCCAUUCUUUUCCCGAUCGUUGUUGCCGGACUGGAAGCUAAUGUCAUGCGUCAGAAUCAGGAGUGGCAGGCAACCAUUCGCAAAUGCUCUCUGGGGUCACGUCAAGAUAAUAUGCUUCUUGACUUUUUGCAAGAAGUAUGGCACUCUGACGAUUCUACACUUGAUAUAAACGAACUGGCCCGGUUGAAAUGGGGUUGUUGUGAAUACCGCGACAAAGUAACUGACAUUUAA